CUGUCAUUUGUAAUUGUGUAGGUACUUGAUUUGUUGAAUUUUGGAAAACAAAUUGAAUUUACAAAAUGUAUAAAAAUUCUACCAACACCUAUACAUUCUAGUGCUUUCUUUCUUACUAUCUAAUUAAUAGUUAUAAUAUCGAUUCUUUAUUUUCAAACUUACCGAGACGUUCACCGAGACCGAUCACACAACAAAAUGUGGUUCUUAACUUCCGAACAUGAUGAAAGAGUUAUAUACGUGCUUGAGGAUAAAAAAAUUAUCAUUGGCAGAAGCGUCGAUGCACAGAACUGUAAUUUUGCAGUUCCCGAUGAUCCUUCAUUAAGUAGAAAACACGCAACAUUAUCACUAUCUGAUAAUGAUCUCGUUUUACAAGAUGCAGGCUCUAAAUACGGAACUUACUUGAAUGAUAGUUCUGAAAAGUUGGAAGGUGAUGUUAUUCAUAAACUAAGCUCUGGUGAUAUUGUAAAAUUUGGGAAAAUGAAUUGUGUGUGGAAAGUUAAUAAAUUAAAUUUUGUGACUUGUACUUCCACAAUUAAGGGAGAAAUCCUUCAAGCAUUGAAAAUAAACUGGAAUAAGCUAGGCGUUAGUUUUAAAUCUGAAUGGGAUGAUUCGUGUUCUCACCUAACAAUGCCUGCCAUUACAUUAACUAUUAAAGUAGUGCUUGCAUUGGUACAAGGUUCAUCUAUUGUUACACCAGAAUUUUGGACCAAAUGUAUUGAAGCUAUCAACAAUAACUCUACACUCCCAAGCUCAAAUGAUUUUGUUCCCCAAGUAGUGGAAUCUACACUCAAUAAGGAAGCUGUGUCUUUCCUUCCAGAUGAGAAAAGAAAAUUAUUAUUUUGUGGAAAAAAAUUUAUAUUUUUUUCAAAAAGGCAAUUAGAAAUGUAUAAAUUGGUUCUCAAAAAGAGCUCUGCUAUACCUUUAUUAUUAAGUGAAAGUAAAAUGACCAAGACUGCUCUUUGUGAGCAAAAUGUAAUUGUUAUUCAGUAUAAUAUAACAACCACUUCUCAAGAGUCUCAAGCUCAAAAAGAUCAGAUAAAUGAUAUAGUAAAUUACUUAAAAUCAAAUAAAAAAAGAGUGAUAGCUGAUGCUGAAAUUGGACUAGCCGUUCUUUAUUGUUCAACUAAUAAAUAUUGUAAUCCUGAUUUCAAUUUUUCUUCUGAAGUAAUUAAGCAAGUGGGUCCUGCUACGAAAAACAAUAAAAUAUUAGCCCAGGAAUCUCAAGAGCCAACACAAAAGUUGCAUGAGAAGGAAAAUGUUGUUAUCAAUGAAAGCUUACAUUCUAAAAAUGAGAUAAAUCAUGGAACAGAAAUAGAUUGUUUGUCAAAAGGCAAAAGAAAAUUAGAGGAUGAUGAAGACAAUCAUGUUGAUAAGAAAAAAGUCACAGAAAAUGUAUUAAGUGCUAACAAAAAACGUGUUGCUGAUGAAGAAUUAAAUCAUAAUAGCAAAAAAAUUGCACUAGGCAACUCAGCAGAUGAUGAUAAUAUGUUUAACUUUGUUUCAACAAAAAUAAAUGAAAAUGACAAUAGCAAUGACACAACUAAGAAAUUAAACUUAUCUAAACCAUCCAAAAGAAAAUUGGUUACUGAAGACAAUGAUGAAGAUGAUUUAUUUAAUUUUGUAAAUAGCAAGAAACCUUGUGUUGAGAAGUCUGACUUUAGCACAACCAAUGAUGAUUCUGAUGAACCACAAAUAAAAACAAUUCAUGAAAGAAAACAGGAUAAUAUUGAUUUGGAAAAAUUAAGAGGAUCAAAGUUACAAGAAUUAAUGGCAGCCAAUGCAAGUAAGGUGGUAACAAGAAAUAUAAAGAAAGAAGACCUAUCAGAUCUUGAUGAAAAAUUCAGUAGUAUUGAUAUAGGUUCUACAACAAUUGUUAUCAGACAUGAUUUAAUUGUUAAAAGAGAACCAUUGGAAAUAAAAGCUGCUGAUGGAAGCAUUAAAAAUUUUAAAAAGUUCAAAAAAGUAUGGCCUGUUAAAAUGCAAAUCUCUAUCAUAUCUUAAACUUAUCAAAGGUUUUUAAAUAAAAAAAUAAAUAAUUGU